UUUAACAGCAAACACAUCACACAUUAAUCAAUUCGCCUCCAGCACCAAGCCAACCGAGGCUCUUGGGAGUUGGGAGUUGGGACUCCCUGUGCCUCUCCUCUCCACCGCAACGACCACAAAUCACCAUCUGCUUUCUAGUUUCUUCCUGAAGUUCUGCGUCAUAAAGGCAAAAAUCCAAGAUUGAUUUUGGAUGAAAAAGACUGCAGUGCUUAGCAAGUGUUCUGUUCUUGGAGUCGCAAGCUGCGGCUAGCUAGCAAGCAAGCAGCUUUUUUUUUUUCGCAGAUCUUGGUGAAGAGCCUGUUCUUCCAUGGCUUUCGCUUUGUGAGAGAAAAGGGUAUUGUUAGUCAGUAAGUAAAAGGGUGGAUCUUGUUCGAAGAUUCAAGAGUCAUGUUGGAUUCUGGUUCUUAUGAUGAUGUUGACUAUGGGGAUUUGUUCUCCAUCCCCAAUCCACCUGCGCCUCACUUGCUCAAUUUCCCCCUCCAGUUCUUCCCUUCCAACGGAUUCAUCAGUUCUGCUGAUGAUUCCCAUAGAUCACCAGCUGGUAUGUUUGGCUCGACCCCAAGCCCCACAUCAACCACAACCGAGUUGGAAAAUUCAGAGGAUCUGUCUGAAUCCGCCGACGAUGCGGUCCUAGCAUACAUCAAUCAGUUUCUUCUUGAAGAUGAGGAAGAUGAAUCUUGUCCUGGCACCAUCACAUCGGUGGAGGACUCUGCCCUCCUCGCCGUCGAGAAGCCAUUCGUUGACAUCCUCACUGCUAGCCAAGAGGCCUGUCAAGAGAAUUCUUGGAUAGAUUCUUGUUGUGAUUUCACGGGGAAUGGAGGAUUGCUUGAUACGUUCACAACCACACAUGCCGCUUGCCAGCCAGCGCCUUGUGAAUUUGAGAAGGAGAAGGGGGAGUGUGCUGUUCAUAAAGGCCGGAAGAACCCGCAUGAUGAUUGCCUAUUGUUCGAGGAAGAGAGCAGGAGGAGCAAGCAGUUGGCAGUGUCUGAGGAGGAGACUGUCAGAGAGAUGUUUGACAAGGUGCUUCUGUGUAAUGGCGAAUGCGAGCUCCGGGCACCACUGCCAGCUGAAGCACGGAACUGCGGGGUGUACGUGAAAGGAUCUGGAAAUAAGAGAGGCCGAAAGAAAGGAAAAUCUGGAGCAUCUGCAGAGGAUGAUGCGGUUGAUCUCACUACCCUACUCAUUCAUUGUGCCCAGGCCGCUGCAAUCGAUGAUCACCGGAACUCCAAUGAGUUGCUGAAACAAAUUAGGCAGCGUUCUUCUGCAUAUGGAGAUGCCGGUCAGAGGUUAGCACAUUGUUUUGCUAAUGCGUUGGAGGCUCGGCUAGCUGGCACUGGCAGCAACAUUUACCGUUCACUUGCUGCCAAGCGAACUUCUGUUUAUGACAUAUUGAAUGCAUUCAAGCUGUAUGUUACAGCAUGCCCGUUCAAGAAAAUAUCGAACUUCUUCUCGAUCGAAGCCAUCUUGAACGCAUCCAAGGGUAUGACAAGGUUGCACAUUGUUGACUAUGGUAUACAGUAUGGAUUCCAGUGGCCAAUCUUCUUCCAGCGGAUCUCGAAGAGACCUGGUGGCCCUCCAAGUGUUCGAAUCACCGGUGUUGACUUACCACAGCCGGGAUUCCGCCCUGCACAACUCAUUGAGGCGACGGGCCGUCGGUUGCAUGACUAUGCCCGUAUGUUCAAUGUUCCAUUUGAAUACCAUGCUAUUGCUGCCAAGUGGGACACUAUCCGUGUCGAAGAUCUUAAGAUAGACAAAGACAAGGAUGAACUUCUUGUUGUUAACUGCCUUUUCCGGAUGAGAAACAUGAUGGACGAAAUGGUGACAGAUGACAGCCCAAGAAUGCAGGUUCUGAAGACAAUAAGAAAGAUGAAUCCAAAUUUGUUCAUCCAUGGCGUUGUCAAUGGCACCUACAAUGCGCCCUUCUUCGUGACACGAUUCAAGGAGGCUUUGUUCUACUACUCUUCACUUUUUGAUAUGCUUGAAACAACUGCUUCACGGGUCGACGAAAACAGGCUGCUGAUAGAAAGAGAUCUCUUCGGCCGGGAAGCUCUUAAUGUGGUUGCUUGUGAGGGCACUGAGAGAGUAGAAAGACCAGAGACGUACAAGCAAUGGCAGGUGAGGAACAUCAGGGCAGGCUUCAAGCAGCUACCACUGAACCAAGAGACGGUGAAGAAGGCAAGAUACAAGGUGAAGAAAUCCUACCACAGGGAUUUCCUAGUUGACGAAGAUAACAAAUGGAUGCUGCAAGGUUGGAAGGGGCGUAUCAUCUUUGCUCUUUCAGCAUGGGAACCAAACUAGCAAACUGUAAAUAUGACUAACUCAGCUGAUUUCUUCUGUGGAGGUACCACUCCAUUAGUUAUGUCUGAUUCCUAUUUCAAUGAAUUUUGACCUAUUUCUGGGCAAUAGAAGAUAUUGGAUUUUGACUGGGCUAGAGUAUACUUUGGAUGAGUAUCUGACAGAAAAGGAUAUACUUCUCUCUAAGCGUGUGUGACCUGUGGGGCUCAAAACUGUACUUUGAAAACACAAUUACACAUCAUGCAUGUACUGUUCACAUGGUCCAGCCUGGGCAAAGGGUUAAAGCCUACAUGGUGAAUUGGUGAUAUAAAUAACGAAA